AUGAAUCUCCUUGAAAACUACCGGUCAGAUGCCACAAUGGAGGAUUCGGACGGAUGUGAUAGCACCAUCGACUCCCAAGCUGGACUCGAUAGCCUCGAUACUAUCCUACCGUCUGAAUCUUCGCAAGACCCCUGCUUCGUGCUACAGCCUGCACCCCACGAAGCAUCAUUCGGGGUAAUGGAAUCGUUAACAGAGGGUACAGAGGGCUCAUUGCCCCAUGGCACCCGCAGUGCCGACUGUGUAACUCAGCCUCAGUACAGCAUGUACUCUGCAGGCAUUCCGACAUUUUCUGACCCGCAUGUCAGGGAAUCGUCAUCAGAUGGUUUGGAUGCUCGCCUCGAUUUAUUGCUCCAUGGCACGUCCAAUUCCGUCUAUGAGCCCGCUGCGAAACCCUUCCAGAGAAUUUAUUUCGAGCCGGGAAAUGCCCUAUUGAGUUCUGCAGCCAGACCUGAUGCGGAACUGUUUGUCCCCGUUGGGCAGGUUAACCAAGCAAAGGUAAAAUGCACCUGGGAUAAAUGCUCGGCACUCAUCAACAAGGAUAAUCUCACUCGUCACGUCACAGAAGUGCACGAAGGGAGGAUUAAGGCUGUUUGUCCAGGCUGCGGAAAGGAGUUCAAGUGUCCGUACCAGAUGAAUAAGCAUAGGCCGCUUCGGACCGGAUGUGGAAUGUCCUAG